AUGGAUAGGGAUGAGUUUUAUUCUUUUUUUCGUCGUGCUGGUAUAUCACGAGAAGAAAUGAAUUCAUAUAGUGAUGUGGAAUUUCAAAAUAUUCUUUGUGGUCUGUUAGAUGAUAAUCCUGACCAAGGAUUAAGACCGUUAAGGCGAACGAGUUUACCACCCGGAGCAACUCCAGCUGUAUUAGAUGGAUUUGGAAAUGGUAGAUACGAUGAAGAUGAGGCUUUGAAAAUUGCAAUAGAAAAUUCGAUCGAUGACAUGCUUGUUGCACCACAUCUUCGUCAACCAUUAGAUCCAAGAAAUGAGAUUGUACAUCCAGCUGCACAUCCUCCCAGAGGAGUUCUUCCGAGACAGAAUAGAAUGGGCGGAGUGCCUAAAGAUUUACAACCCAAACCAACACCACUACCGCCUACACAUACAAAACAACAAGAUCAUCCACCAAGAAUUCCAUCAUCUCGAUCAAAUCGCCCGCCAUUGAAUUUACGUCAACCACCUAAACCUACAGUUGCAAACCAUCCUAAACCAACACAAUCAAUACAACGCAAACCGGUUUCUGAGCACAACAAUAAUCCUCGACUAACAUCUCAAAAUUCUUCAACAAGAACAAGAGUAACAUCAACAAAUUCGCGUAAUGCACAAUCAUCAAGUCGAAAAUUACCAAAUAAUACAGGUUUGAGUGUUCGACCUGCUCCAAAGCCUGCCGAAAGACGAAAUGAUCGAAAUUUUGCCGAUUUAAUGGAUGCAGAAUAUCAAUCUAGAAGAGUUGGUGCAAACAUAUCGAAGCCACCUUCAGCUCGAGGAACUGCAAGAACUUCUAGUCGUUCAAAACCAACAGAUAAAUCAACAACAGUCGAAAGGAAAGCAGAGCCAGCUAAAAAGAAAGAAAAUCCAAUCGAAAAGAAAGUAGAACCGCCUAAAAAACCAGAAAAACCAAAAACAAUUGAAAAGAAAAUCGAUCCACCUAAAAAACCAGCAAAACCUACAGAACUACCCCAACAAAUACCAGAUUUACCUAAUUUUGAUGAUAUCCCUCCACAAAUAAAAGAUGAAUUUGAUGUUCCAGAAGAAAUUAUUUCUAAAUACCAAGAAAAACCGGCAUUACCAGCUCCAUCUAUGCAAGAAGAAAUUAACUUACCAAAACCAGAAGAAAGGGAACAGCCAAAACCACCACACGAGCUCAGAGAGUCACAGAAAAUCAGGAAUUUCCAGAAUUUGCAGUACGAGCAACUAGUUAAAGAGCAAGAAGAGAAAGAUUUGGAAGAAAAAAGAAGAAUUCAAGAGGAAGAAGAGAAAAAGAAGCAAGAAGAACAAAACAAAUUAGCCGAAGAACAUAAAGUUGAAGAAAUAAUGAAGAAAAUGCCUCCAGAACCAAAAGAUGGUGUUACUAUUGCUGUUAAUAUGAAUGGGAAAAGAAUUAUUAGAAAAUUUUCUCCAAAUCAGCCUGCUUUACAUGUAUACGCAUGGGUUGCAUCAAACACAGACCCAGUGUUACCAUUAGAUGCCUUCGAACUUUCUGUUGUUGGAAAACCUGUUUUAGAUAUAAACAAAUCUUUAGACGAACAAGAUGUCAAAGGAAGAGUUAUGUUGUCAAUGAUGGAAAUUUAA